GGCCUACAACUGCUGUUACCAUGUACAUCCAUGUCAGGUGCUUCAGUUUGACAUGUGCAACUUUCCUCCGCUGCGUGGUCCGUCGGAGUAGUCUCGGUUCCAGAUAUUCACAUAAAUACCGUCCGAAACCGAGACUUCUUCGCUACAUUCGAGACAUCAAUUAGACAUGCUUAUCAGGUCAGUGGCUCUACUUGCACUGGCUGUCGGCAUUGGUGCUCGCGAGCAGCUAAUUUUCACGGAUGAUAAGCUCCACAAUGAAACAAUUCCAAAUACUCUUCCAAUCGUGCCAGAAAGCCUGGCCUCUCUUACAUCUGUAGACUCUUUCACAACUUUGUCUCAUGCCCGCUUCCCUCACCACGCCGUUCGUAUCAAAAAGUCAGACUUUUGCGACCCCACCGUAUCUGUGUACACCGGUUAUCUUGAUGUCGAUCAGGGAGCAAAGCACUUGUUCUUCUACUUCUUUGAAAGCCGCAGAAAUCCAGAAAACGAUGAUGUGAUGAUGUGGAUCAACGGAGGUCCCGGGUGUUCUGCCUCACUUGGCUUGUUAUUUGAACUCGGGCCAUGUAGCAUCGACGUCGAUGGUUCAUCCUCAAAUGGUACCAAAUGGAACCCAUACUCAUGGAAUAAGGAAGCCAAUGUUUUCUUCCUGGACCAACCAGUUGGGGUAGGCUACUCAUACGCCGACUUUGGUGAAACAGUUGAGACGACGGAGGAUGCUGCUCGGAAUGUUCACGCGUUCCUCACAAUUUUCUUCGAGGUUUUCAAACAAUUUGAGGGUAGGCCAUUGCACCUUGCUGGUGAAUCCUACGGUGGGCGGUAUCUUCCUGUCUUUGCUAGCGAAAUCUAUGAUCAGAAUCAAAUCGCCAAGGCAGAGGGACGACCGACCAUCAACCUUCAUAGCGUCCUGAUCGGGAACGGUAUCACUGAUAUCUCAACUUUAUACCAAGGGCGUUAUGAGAUUGAAUGCGGCAUUGCUGCCCUAGAAAUACCAUUUCAACAAAUUAGCUCUUGUGUGCGCAUGAGAUCAGCGUUACCUCGGUGUCAAGCUUUCAUGCGUGAUGGGUGCAUCAAUCAAUUUGAUCACACGAAUUGUGAGGCUGCUGUUGCCUUUUGUGACGCACAGCUUAGCACUGCAAUGUGGGCAAGCGGUCGGAAUGUGUACGAUGUGUCGAUGACCUGUGAAGACCAAGACCUGUGCUACGCAGGAGACGCCAUUAUCCGAGAUUUCCUUGAUGCACCAGAGACACGGAAGAUACUCGGUGCUGAAAGUCCCGGUGCAUUUUCUCUCUGCUCUAGUGUUGUCGGGCGAAACUUUGUCUCUCACCUCGAUAAGUGGGCACACCACACCCAAGACUACGUUGCAGCCCUCCUGGAGAGGAACAUUAGGGUGUUGAUUUACGCUGGUACUUAUGACUGGCAGUGUAAUUGGAUUGCGAACAAGCUAUGGGUGGAUAAAUUAGAUUGGACGGGACGUUCUGCAUACGCGAAAGAGAGCUGGAGGUCUUGGUACGUCAAUGGAGAAAAAGCGGGUGAAACCAAGAAUGUUGGCCCUUUGACAUUUGUUACAGUGCUAGAUGCUGGCCACAUGGUCCCUCAUGACAAACCUGCAGAAUCACAGGCUCUAGUUUCCAGAUGGCUCGCCAAUCAGGCCAUCUAAGGUGUCAAAGACAUGCACACAGACGACACAGCCGCUCAAUGCAUCGCUAUUUUAGGAUCGAGCCGUCGAGCCAAGGAAUUGUCGAAGAAGAUCUGUCCUUGUGUCUUAGUUGCAAAUUGCAAUGAAUCUGAUUUGAAAUUGAAGUUUUUUUUGUCAAUCAUGCCGACGAUAACAAUAUGAUGGCAACGCAGUUAAACCGUUGUCAGGCCCAGACAGAUACCUUCUCUGCAAUAACAGUGCAUUGUAAAUUUGUAAACGGCACAGCUAAUCACC